GUUUUCUCCGCUGCAUCAUGCGUCUCUUAAUGGGAACGUUGAGCUCAUCUCCCUGCUGGUGGAGUCACAGGCGAACGUUGACAUCAGAGACCAGAAAGGCAUGCGGCCGCUGCACUACGCGGCCUGGCAGGGGAAGGCGGAGCCGAUGAAGAUGCUGCUGAAGGCAGGCUCGUCUGUCAACAGCCAAUCAGACGAGGGACAGAUUCCACUUCACCUCUCGGCACAGCACGGCCACUAUGACGUGUCUGAGAUGCUGCUGCAGCACCAGUCCAACCCGUGCAUCGUGGACAACGCAGGGAAAUCUCCUCUGGACCUGGCAUGUGAAUUUGGCAGAGUUGGGGUGGUCCAGUUGCUGCUCUCAAGUAACAUGUGCGCUGCUUUGUUGGAACCUAAAAAGGGAGACACAACCGACCCCAAUGGGACGUCUCCGCUCCACCUGGCUGCCAAGAAUGGACACAUAGACAUCAUCAGGCUGCUGAUCCAGGCUGGCAUCGACAUCAACAGGCAGACCAAAGCAGGCACUGCCCUGCACGAAGCUGCCCUCUGUGGGAAGACUGAGGUGGUGAGACUCCUGCUGGAAAGUGGUAUCAAUGCUACGGUGAGAAACACAUACAGCCAGACUGCGCUUGACAUCGUCUACCAGUUCACUGCAACACAGGCCAGCAGGGAGAUCAAACAACUGCUGAGGGACGCUUCAGCGGCCCUGCAGGUUCGGGCUCUGAAGGACUACUGCAACAACUACGACCUGACGAGCCUCAACAUCAAAGCAGGAGACGUCAUCACGGUUUUGGAACAGCAUCCUGAUGGACGCUGGAAAGGCUGUAUUCAUGACAACCGAACAGGAAAUGAUCGAGUGGGCUACUUCCCUUCCACUUUGGUUGAGGUCAUCAGUAAGCGCACAGGUGUUGUCGAGGCUCAGAGGCAAGUCCUCACAGUUCUCCCACCCCAUCCAGCGGGCCCCAUGGAGGCUCCAAUGAAGAGAUCUGGGUUCUGCGCAAGCCCGUGGCAGGUGGGGAUCGCAGCAGCGUGGGCAGUUCUGGAAGUGUGACCAGUGUGAGGUCUUCAGGCAGCGGUCAGAGCGCCGGCAGCGCUGCACACAUCCUCCACGCACAGGCUGAGGGUGUGAAGCUUCUGGCCACUGUCUUGUCUCAGUCUGCCAAAGCCAAGGAGCAUCUAAUGGAGCAGACCAAGUCUGUGGACCAACCUGCAGGCUCUGCCAGCUCCUCUCGCACAUCAAGCCAAUCAGGCUGUCCGCUGCACGAAGCGCCGCCUUAUGAUGCCACGGCAACCAGGAAGGGGGAGGUGCCGUGCGAAGGGAAGAGCUCAGAGGCCGUUGUCCAAUGGCUGAGCGACUUUCAGCUGCAGGUCUACGCUCCAAACUUCCUGGGUGCUGGGUAUGACUUACCCACCAUUAGCCGAAUGACUCCGGAGGAUCUGACAGCUAUUGGAAUAACUAAACCAGGACACAGAAAGAAGAUGACGACAGAGAUUAACAAGCUAAGUGUCACAGAGUGGCUUCCUGAGCAGAAACCUAACAGCCUCGGAGAGUGGUUGACUGCUAUUGGUCUAAGCCAGUACCACCAAGUACUGGUGCAGAACGGCUAUGAAAACAUCGACUUUAUCACAGACAUCACCUGGGAAGACCUACAGGAAAUAGGCAUCACCAAACUUGGUCACCAGAAGAAGCUGAUGCUGGCAGUGAAGCGUCUGGCUGAAAUGCAGCGCRGUACUGAUGGGCGGGGCUCCCUACGAAAAAGGCCGCCGCCAAUCACUCAGCAGCAGGAAGUCAUGUCAAUGGACAGCCCACCCCCAGAUGGGGUCAUAUCUCCAAAGGUGAUCAMCUUCCAGGACAGUGAGUUGAGCACUGAGCUUCAAAGUGCCAUGACCCAGUCAGGCCAGGAGGUCAAAGCUCAGCGAAGUCGAACCCUGAGCAGAGACUAUGACGAGGCGACGACAGGAGGUGGAGGGCCGCCGAAGAAGGAGGCACGGACUGUGAGGCAGCAGAGCAGCCAGGGAAGCAGCUCAUCCCACAGAGGCAGUAUGUCCUCCCAAGGCAAACACCGUCACUCCCACUCCCAGCCCGCACCUCCCUACACACCUCCUCAUACACCUACCAAGACCAGGACUUYGUCUUCCUCCUCCACCUCCUCCGCUCAGAGCACAGCUUCCCCUCAGGCUAAACCCAGGUCGUCUCCUCAGCUAAUUCAGGGAGAGCAACCUCAGUCACCCCACUCACAUCCCUCUCAGUCUCCAACCCAGCGUGGAGCUCCAUGUCAGCUGCCCCAACAGCAGCAGCAGCAGCAGCAGCACCAACCUCAAGCUCAGCUGCAACAUCAGACGCACCAUCCGCAAACGCCAGUGAUGGAGGUCAGGGAGAACCAGCAGCAGGUUCCACACCUCUGUCUGCCCCCUGAGUCUGAACUGGUUGAGGUAGAAGGWGCAGACCCAUCCGCUCUCAAGAAGAAGCAUACCCACAGCCUCAACCGAUACGCCGUCUCAGAUGGGGAGUGUGAUGAGAGAGCAGGUGGAGAAGGAGGAGGUGGAGAGGGUGGAGCAGAAAGAGAAGUAGAGGUAGCAGUGUGUCAGCCUACCACUGUUGUGAGAGCAGAGGGAGUCAAGUACGCCACAGUGGCGGCCCGUGUGAGCCGAAGCCACUCCGUCCGCAACCAGGAAAAGACGGCCAGCCGCAGCCACACCCAGUCCCUUGCUCUGCGUCAGAAGAAAAAAGGUCCACCGCCGCCACCGCCCAAGCGCUCCAGCUCUGCUAUCUCCAGCUCCAACUCCAACCUGACAGAGACCAACACACAGCAGCAGAUGCUCACCACCACGGGGGGCAUGCUGGAUGUGCCCUACCACCAACAGAGGCGAGCUAGUGACCUGGGGAUGUCUGUGGAGGCAGCUGCUGUGGAGACAAACAGUGUGGGUAGUGUGCGGAGCAUAGCCGCCAUGUUAGAGAUGUCUUCUAUAGGGGGUGGAGCCAAAGGCAUGGCACUGCAGAAGAACUUCUUGCAGGUKGGAAAAACACGUGAUGCCAUUGGUUUGGAUGGAGAGGUGGUGAACCGACGGCGGACCAUCAGUGGCCCCCUAACCGAGCUGGUGGAGGCAGCCAGGCGUGAGCAGCCUGACUAUGUCCCAUUGUCUGACCAGCUCGAAUCUUCCCCUCCCCUUGUAAACUCCCCUUCACCUCACCCACCAUCCUCCCCUCUCCCCAACUCGGGAGGCAGCGGCAGCUCAUCAGAGAACCUUCCGUUUGCAGAAGAGGGAAGUCUUACCAUCCGUCGUCAGGGUCGAGGAGAAGGACAAGGACAGUGUGUAUUUUGUGUCUGUCUGCAGGGUGACGGCGACGCUCCCCAGGGAGACACCGGUUACACCCAGGAGGAAAUGGCUGAACCUACAGCAGUCCUGAAACGACGAGCCCGCAUUUCGAAGUCCCACCCCAAUGGCUCGGACUUCACCCUCCAGGAGUCGUCCACAGUCAAACGGCGACCCAAGAGUCGCGACAAGGAACCAGAGGGAUACGCAGAGCUGGCUGCUGCUAACGGAGAGCCUUUGAACAACGGGCAGCCCAACACUACGCAGCCAGUCCCCUACCAGAACGGCACAGCCACCGUGAAACGUCGCCCGGGGUCUGAUGCAGGAGUGACAGAGCAGCCACAACCCCAGCACCAGCCCCAAGUGACUGCCUCUACCCGCAGGGACAGUGUGGACCAGGGAGCUCCAGCUGCAAGUGAUGGGGGUCCCAUGAGAAAACCAAAACCUCCAGUCUCCCCGAAGCCUGUUGUGGCACAGAUAAAAAGACAAGGAGGAUCCCAGACACCCCCACAGGCUGUCCCCAAUAAGAGAAUCCCGCUGCCGGGCCCUGGCACACCUGGAAGUCCAGUGGAAGGAAAGAAGAUCCCUCCGCCYGUCUCACCUAAACCAGCUCCCCCACCCACAGCACCCAAACCGGCUAAGCUAAUUCACUCUAUGACCAGCCCCUCCUCCCCGACCUCGGCYUCUGUUCCUGCCAAGCAGCCCUCAGCAGUGGCCCGACAGAGCAGCUCACCGAUCUCCUUCCUGCCGUCCAACACGCCCAACACUCCAAACGCAAAGGCGACAAGCCCRUCCCCGCAAAGCCCCCAAACACCGCAAACCCCAACUACGCCGCAGACUCCCCAGACGCCCCAGACUCCUGCCACUCCCAGUCCAACCCCGCCGCCUGUCAAGCCUCCCCGCUCUUCCAUCGGGGGCGUGUCAGUGGACAGUGGGAUUACAGGGGGAGGAGUCACACCACAAGUCUCUGCAACAGCCGACUUUAACGUGAACUCUUUGGUGCAUCAGAAGUUGGAGGAGACGAGCGCGUCGCUGGCUGCAGCUCUGCAGGCAGUCGAGGAUAAGAUUCUUCGACAUGAGGACUCCGUGGCUGAGCAGAAGACCACRGUGAGCAUCCUCGACGACAUCGGCAGCAUGUUCGACGACCUGGCCGACCAGCUGGACGCCAUGUUGGAGUAACUGCUCAAAGCCGUCAGCGUGUUUCUGCCGCAGCUCAGCAUCACGGCUGAAUCAGACGGCACAGUGGGCAGCGUGCCUCCCCGUCCCUCGAMCUCUCGCUCCUUCUCUUCCUCCACCUCUCUCUGACGUGCUCGGCUCAUUUUUCAGACCAAACUCGAUUCUUGCCUUCUUCCUCUCAUCUCCUGUCGCUCAUCAAAGAGAGAGAAAAAAAAACAGCAAAAAAACGAUGACGGGGCGACGGCGUACGCCUCGGACAGAGACGUGGAAGAGAGAACGAACAAGAACGAAGGAUGGAUAAAGAGAGAAGCACUUAAAGAGAGAUACAAAAAAUAAAAACAUAAUUUAUGCGGAAAAAAAGAUUUGAAAACACACAAGAAAUGUUUGAAAGCGGAGGAGCCUGCAGCCGAAACACGAGUCUUUUAAAUGAACUCCCACCCGGACUCCUGAAGUGAACAAAUACUAAUUCAAAUUUAAAAARCCAACUGUGUAAUGAAUCAUAGUAUGGUAUGUGUACAUUCUAAGCAUGGAGAGUUUAUAUCUACUGAAAAAGUCCUGCAUUAGCACAGUAAUAUAUGAUAUAUACCGAUAAAUAUGAAUCUCUAGCUCUUUGGUUCGAUGUCUUGGUUCUGUGUGGAAUGGUGACCUCUGGUGUUGUGACGAUGUAAAUGACUUGGUGGAACAUUUUUAUCCGUGACCAAAUUGAAACUAUUCGACUCCUAAAA